AUGCCUCGAUCCACGGCCAAGGCCUCCAAGAAUUCAGGUCAGGCUACCCCACCAGAGUGCGCGAACUGUAGAACGAGCACGACACCAGUAUGGAGGAGGGGUGCUAACAAGGAAAAAUUAUGCAAUGCGUGUGGACUGUACUUCAAGUCGCACAAGGCAUCCAGGGGAACAGAAGUCGGGCGGCCAGGAACUAUCACUGCUCAACCCUCGUUCUCCCAUGACAAUGUGCCACAACCCAGUCCAAGCACAAAGCCAACUUUCCGGAUAAAGACAUCCCCUUCAGCCUAUUCGUCUCGCAAGAUAGGGGCCCCCAUUCAGCUGCCGAGUAUUCCAUGGUCGUUCCCUCCCAGCAGCCAAGGUGGUUCCGGUGGGAUCCAACUUCCCGCACUUUCGACAUUGUCACCGCAACCACAAGCGGGGAGCACCUCAGUACUUCCGUACCGUGGGUCUGUGGGACCAGGGGCUCCGGGUGACAGUGAAGCCGACGAUGAGAAGGACCAUAAUCACCAUGGGCGCGACAGCAAGUGGCAGCUGCCCAGCUUGAGUUUGCCUAACUUGCCUACGCUCAGUGGCGCCUCGCAAUCACACCACGCCACUCCUUUCUCUCCCCACGAAAUGACCGUCUCAAACUCGACGAUGGCCAGUGGUUCCUUUUCCACCUCCUCACAUCUUCACACCUAUUCGAUCAAGAAUGGGCAGCCAAUCCAUGGCUUCGACGAUUUUGGCCCCACCUCUGGUUCUCCCCAGCACACCAGCUACGGACCCACCUCCCUCCCCCACCUCUACUCAUACCCCUACUUACCCUCCACUGCAUCGGCGUCCUCGUCUUCUCCCACCACCUCACUCCCCCUCCCGUCACUCACCUCUACACCGACUUCGUACGCCCCCUCAGAUGAUGGAGACUGGUUCUUCAACGCAUCUACCACUCCUCACCUCCACCCACUCCAUGAUCUCGGAGGGCCACCUAGUACCUCCUCCUCCUCCUUCUCCUCCUUCUCGGCAGGAUCAGGCGUAGGGGAGCGCGAAGGUGAAUCAGAUUCUAGCGCCUCGACCCUAGACACUCCUCCCCCACAUUCGACUGCAUUCUAUCGCGGUCCUGCAUUAACAAAGAGUGAGAGCGAGAGGGAGUAUUAUGGAAGUGGAAUGGUGAGGAGGAGGGAUUCGUAUUUAGAAACUGGGAGUCCUGCCAUGGGAUUCUUGGGAUACGAGUAUUGA